GAUGGUAAAUACUUUUGGACUCACAUUUGCGCAAUUUUGACCAUACACAUUUAAUAAUUACACUCCAUUUACUUUAUCCACAGAAUCCUCUCGUUUUGCUUCUCUAGUAUGUGUUAAUGUUCAGAAAUCUCUUCUUUGGGCUAGAGAAAAGGGUUCUGGCCCCUAGAAAUUUUGUUUUAUCGCAGAAAUCGUUUAUAUCUCGUACUUACGAGUCACGGUUUCACUAUCGCAGCAAUAUUUUUGGGAAUACACACGGAUUUAUCAAAAGUUGCGGACAUGACCAGAAACUUGCCAUAAAUUUGCAAAAUUUGGAGAGAAACUGGUCAUUUGAACAACGAUGCGGCUUCGCUGGGCGUCAAAAGGGCCUUAAGAGGUGGAAAUACAAGCACGAACCCAGGAGGAUUCAGACGGCAGUAGGAAGAAGAAUGGAUAUCUUUUAUCCAAAAGGUGCCAGAGCAGUUAGAAUACGUCUGAUACAAAAUUCCAGGGGUAACGUGAUAUACGAUCCUAUUCUUAAGCGUUUUAUGGUUUUCUACUACAAACAGGGCGUUCAGGUUUUUAGAGGUUUCAGUGCCGUUGGAAGUAAGUUUGAGAUUGCAAGGUCCAAGGCUCUGAGCUUUGCGAGACAAAUGGCUGAAGAAUACUACAACAGACUCCUCAAACGUCCAGUUCGUCUACAAGACGCAAAGCCGUUGGAAUCAAAUAUUAUCAACUACGAUUUAAAGCUACAACCGGACUGUAAUUUGAGUGGAGUUCGUGGCGUGUUUUUUGAUGCAAAGACGAGUUCAUGGGUUGUGAGAUACAACGACGCCGGAGUUCGCAAGUACAAGUUUUUUAGUACGACAGAGUUUGGGUUUCAAACAGCGUAUACCAACGCGAUAGACUUUUUAAAAUUCUCCCUCUACAGAAACCACCAGUUUUUGCAUAGGAGACAUCGCGUUAAAAAGGGAAGACCCGCUUUCAAGACAUAG